AUGAGUGAAAUUCAGAUUCUACACCCCACUGAGAGUGUGAAUCAUGCUUUUGAGACAGUUCCUCAAACUUCACCUGUUGCUGAAAAUAUUUCGGGAGCCGUUAAUGAAGUUCCCUUAGUGGGAAACUCCAAAGAUGCGACAAAAUUGAAAACAGUUGAACAUGUCAAGAAUUAUCCACUGUAUCAAGAGACACGUUCUUUUUUGAGAAAAAUGCCUAUGGCAAGAGUGGUUGUUGCAAACACAAAACCGUUAGUCAAGAGUGUUAUGUCCUCAAAGCCCGUUCAACUAGCUUCCCCUGUGACCAAUUUUUUCGAUACUUGUGCUAACACAAGCUUGAAUAUGACAGAAAAGGUAGUGCCCUCUAUCAAAACGAAGACGUAUAAGCGGCUAGGCGAAGAGUUUACUUACCCAUUCAGACAAGGUAAACGUUACACUAAAAUGGCAGUUCAAGGUGUUGUUGAUACGGGUAAUUCACAGGUGUACCAACCCACCCAUGCACAGAUAGUCCGGUUCAGGAAAUACUACAACGACAAGUACAUUAACACGAGAGGUAAACCAUUGGUGAGGGGUGCAGUGGACCCUGUGCUGGUUCCGAUCAAUAAUACGUUUGAAGGAAUGAUGGUGAAAUACUUGCCAAACGGUAGGGAGGUAAAGAAAGCUGACCAGUUCUGUUGUGAAAUGAGUAGAAGUUUCGAUUUGACCCUAAAUUUGGCAGGAAGAGCGGAAAGAAUCAUGAAGCAAAUCGGGUUGGGCGUUGCGGCUGCUCCAUUUCUGUACUGGGCCCACAUGGAUAAGGUUAUUAAUAAACAUCUGGACAUGAAACCAAACUUGCGCCCAGGGAAUUCUAUGUCAGCUGUUUGGGAUGCAAUGAAGGAGUUGGAAAUGGAGAAGUGGGUAGCAACAAGAGAUUUUUUCCUCCUAAGGAGAAAAAACAAUAACAAGGAGACUAUACUACCGGCCGCUGUCAGAGAACCUAUCGUCGAGGCAGUCCAGACGAUCGAUCAGCAAAAUAGUCACCAUUCCUUGAGAUCAAAUGGUCAUGAAAUCUCCAUAAACUUGGAGUGA